UUACGCAUUCGUUGCUUUGAUUCGGCGAAACAGUGCAUUCUAUGCAAUAAACUUGUGUCAAAACCGAGCAGAGUCGCCGUCAUUCUCGGUUGCGCUCUCAUGUUUGUUUUGCCUCUUGCGUCAAUAGGAACUUGUCUCAAGUGUAUUGUUAAGUAAGAUCGUAUAUGGUCGUGGGAGAAGGGUGGACCUAAUUUGGGCUUUCUGGAAAAGAAACUGAGCCUAAGGCAGUGGUGGGAAAUCUGCAGGGACAGUGGAACCCCUCUCGAUUUAGCGCUGUAACGUUGAAGUAAGAUAAUAACCAUUUUUGGUUAUUCCAUCCAGUCAAUGCUGGUAAUUCCAGUGUGAAAUUUUCAAAAAGUUGGAAGCUCAGCCUCUUGGCCCUGCUCUCUGCACCACUAGACCCCUCAAUAAGAGCAGAUAAAUGAAUGUAUUUCCAAGAAAUAUGAGCAAGCUGUUCAUGUAAAUAAGCAGUACAAAGGAAGCAUCAUAGAAGGCUGCUCUAUUAGGGCUAAUUACUAGAGAUACAUACCAACUCUCAGCAGCUCAAGCAGCACAAGCUUCUGUGCUGAUCGGCAUCUAGUCGCGGUGCACUAUGGAGACGUCCGCGCUUUGUGCACGUGCAGUGCGCGUGUGGUCGGGCUCACCCUCGGCCGCCAGGAUGGGCCGGGUGACGCGGCCACACGAGGAAAACUGUCGACGGCCCGCGUCCCUGAGCGCGGCCCACGGCUGCGCUCUAUAUAGCCGCGCUGGGCGCCGUCGCCUGGCAGUGCCGUCCUCACCCGGUCCGACAGCGUCAUGGCAUCGCCGACCAUCGGCUGGGCGGCUCUGGUGCUGCUAGCCGCCGCGCCGACCUCUGCGCAGCAGGGCGGCGCCGCGGACGCCGUCGAGACCCCCGUGGGAGGAGUGGCGCCCGCCAACGCCGUGGAGCUGGCUACCCGCAACUUCAUCAAGCUGUAUAACCAAGCGGCAGCCCUGGCUGCUGCUGCCCCGGACGUGGACGCACCGCCACAGGAGGCGGCACCCGGCCAGCCGACCCAGCCGACGGCAGCGCCCUCUCUGACGCUCCCUUCGUACUCUCACUUCGGGGCGAAUCCGUUCCCGUUCACGGCGCAUCAGCAGCAGUUCUUCCAGCGGCCGCGGACGCAGCAGGACCAGUACCAGUGGCAGUACCAGCAGCAACUGCGGCACCAGAUGCAGCCGCAGCAAGCACAGCAGCCGCAGCCGCGACGCUAG